GAGAGGUCACACGAUACACCAUAUACAUACGACAUACUUGUCGCGACGACCGACGACGCCAACCGACGCGUAUACACACAGACAGAAGUUCGAGUGCUGAGAGAAAUGUGCGUUUGAGUUACGAACAACAACAAAGUGAACUACCCCCGGUAAACAUGAUCAAUCCCUUCAUGGACCACAACCACCUGGCCGCGACCUACGGCAUCAGGAUGAGUCCGAACCAUAACGGGGGCGGCGGGGGCGCCACGGUGCCGACGCCGCACCAGAACGCCGCCGCCGCCAUGGCCGGACCCGAGGCCCAGGGGCACCACUUCCAGGCCAACUACGGCCACCUGAACCACUUCAACUCGCACCAUUCGGGAUACGCGACCCGCGACUUCCUGAUAAGACGCGACCAGCACGAGUUCCCGGCCGCCCAGACGGCGCCCAGCGAAUCGCUCCUGUUCCACCACGACAUGUCGCAUCAGCACCACCUGGCGCCCCAUCAUCAGCUCAUGUACACCAGGACGGACCCGCACUCCGCUUACCACCCCCAGACCAACCAUCACCAGUACCUCAGCUCGGCGCACAUGCAGCACAUGGCCCAUCACAACAAUUACGAGGGCGCCUUCUUCAGGUACAUGAAGCCUGAGGUCAAGAAGGAGAUGCAGUGUCUCUGGAUCGACCACGAUCAGGCACACAAGAAGAUAUGCGGCAAGCAUUUCCUGGCGAUGCACGAGAUCGUGACGCAUCUGCAGGUCGAGCACGUCGGCGGUCCAGAGUGCACUGUGCACGCCUGCUACUGGCAGAACUGUUCGAGGAACGGGAAACCCUUCAAGGCGAAAUAUAAGUUAGUGAAUCACAUCAGGGUGCACACGGGGGAAAAGCCGUUUUCCUGCCCGUUUCCCACGUGCGGAAAAGUCUUCGCGAGGAGUGAGAACCUGAAGAUACACAAAAGGACACAUACGGGAGAAAAACCCUUCAAAUGCGAAUUCUCCGGCUGCGAUCGAAGAUUCGCAAACUCCUCCGACAGGAAGAAGCAUUCCCACGUGCAUACCUCCGACAAACCCUACAAUUGUCGAGUAGCAGGCUGUGAUAAAUCCUACACCCACCCCUCCUCCCUCAGGAAACACAUGAAAGUACACGGUAUGUCCGGGAGAUCUCCAAGGAGCUACGACAGCGACGGGGAAGAAUCCAACACGUCCUCCGUGGGGAGCAUAUCCAUAGCUGCAAGUCCGCAAGUGGCGCAUCCUCCACUGAACAACAACGCUGGUCUUGGAGAGUGGUACGCCAACUACCAACAGGGCACCUCGACUCCCGAUCCCCUAACAGGUCUGGGUCCUUUCGGGAACAUACCGCCGCCUUACUGACAAUAGUUGAUAACCUUCUUCCAAGAAGACUGUAAAUACGACUGUAUAUUCUGAACCAUACGCGUAUAGAGCAUAUUUAUAUUUUGUGAUAAGGAGGGACGAGAAUUCGUAAAAAGUUACCUCAACCGUACAUAAAUGAGUUCAUGAAUAGAUAGAUACACCUAUAGGAAUCAACUUGAUGCAUUGGUUUUUGAACGAGAAUCACUGGUUUUGAUGAAUAUGAAAUACAGAAUAUGGGUGACUGAUAUCUUGCUAUUUUCCUCUCAGUAUUAGUGAAUCUCUUUAGCCCAAGCUCAUCCAAGAAUAAAUUUAAGAACUUAAUUGCUAUUCAUAUGAUUCAGAUCUUUAAUUUGACAUUAAUUCAAUUCCUUUAUGAAAAUGAGUUUUGUAAAAAAAGUAUUAUUGCAACUUGGGAAAAAGUUCAUUGAAGUAUCCACCAAAGAGAUUUGACUAUACAAGGGUGUAGUCAAAAAUGGCAGUGACAUAUACCUAACCUAUUCAAUCAAACCUAAAGUUUGAUUGAAUAGAACCUGUGAGUUGAGGUUCAGAUAUAAUUGAUACAGAUACUCGAUUGAAAUCUAUAACUACUUAAUCCCUUGCAAGAAUGUACCUAGUGCCAGUCUCUAAUUUGGAAUAAAUUGAGUAAAUCGAAUUAAAGGCUCUGGCACUGUAUAUUUCGAAAUAAAAAAAUACCAGAACAGAGUUGCAAUAAAAACUACCCAUCUGAAAUUAUCCCAAUUUUUCUGAUACUUAAAUCAGAGAGUGACUUUUUACCCUUAUAAUUAAACAAUCCGAUUAAUUUUCUUCAUACUCAUUCUGCAUCAUAUUUACUCAUUUAUUGUGAUGGUUGAUCAAAUCUUUCCCACAUAGAAUGGGAGUCGAAAUUCAAUUAGAUUUUCCUUGUUAUCCCGACCAAAAACCCAUCGACUGUUAUUCGUGAAUCCUCCUUAAUUGUAUGUACUUCAAGCAAAAGCUGUGAUAAUUUUGGAAAAGUUUGAAAUUGUUUAUAGGUACUCACGUGAACCAAUUCCAAAAUUUCGGCUGAUGAUCAGUGCAAUGCUCUCAUUCCGAUCAUUGAAUUCCCCCGCUCGUCUAUAUGGUUAAUUAUUGUAAAUAGAUGUACAUAUGUAAUUUAAAAAAAACGUCGAUUUGAAUUCCUAUCAACAUAAGAUUCGAAAUGUUUCAUCUCCAAUUGAAGAGCUGAGACGAUUUCGAUUGUUUUGGAUGUUAUUGGUAUAUUUUGUGAAGUGUACAAAGGACAUGACUCUAAUGUAAAUAUCUACAUAUAUAUCUAUCAGGGAUCUCUGUAAAUCUUGUAAACCCAAAUCGAUAAUAAAUAUUUUAAUUUGAAAUUAUUCUGAAUAAACAAU